ACAUGUUCCAAUAACGGGCUCUAUAAUAUCUGCUGCUAUUUGCAGUUUGCUGUAGCCAGGCGCCAGUUUGAGCUCGAGCUGAAGCCCGCAGAGCUUUCCGCUUGUUGCUGCUCUCCCGCGAUGGACACGCGCUCACAAUGAGAGGCGCGCGCGAGGCUGCGGCCGGAACACAGGACUACAGGGAGAUGCAGAACGGCACGAACCCCUGGCAGAACAGGAGCGAUGCCGAAGACGCGCGACAGAGCUGAACCCCGGGUCUGAGAGGACGGACGAUGGCAGGAGGUGGAAGGUUGUGUGUUGUGUUACUGGUGGUGAGUGUGUCCUUGGAAGUUGGCGUCAACGGGCAGAACAAUGAGAGAAGGGUCCUGGCACACAUCCCCGGCGACAUCAUCAUCGGAGCGCUGUUCUCCGUCCACCACCAGCCGCCCGCGGACAAGGUGCACGAGCGAAAGUGUGGAGCCGUGCGUGAGCAGUAUGGGAUCCAGAGAGUGGAGGCCAUGAUGCACACCCUGGAUCGAAUCAACGCUGACCCCACCAUCCUCCCGAACAUCACCCUGGGCUGCGAGAUCAGGGACUCGUGCUGGCACUCCGCCGUGGCUCUGGAGCAGAGCAUCGAGUUCAUCCGAGACACGCUGGUGUCCAGCGAGGAGGAGGAGAACCAGGGCCGGUGCGCGGCGGACGCGGGGAGCCUGAUGCUGCAGGGCAAGAAGCCCAUCGUGGGUCUGAUCGGACCCGGGUCCAGCUCGGUGGCCAUCCAGGUGCAGAAUCUGCUCCAGCUCUUCAACAUCCCGCAGAUAGCCUACUCGGCCACCAGCAUGGACCUCAGCGACAAGAGCCUGUUUAAGUACUUCAUGCGGGUGGUGCCGUCAGACAUGCAGCAGGCCAGAGCCAUGGUGGACAUCGUCAAAAGAUACGGCUGGAGCUAUGUGUCUGCCAUACACACAGAGGGUAAUUAUGGCGAGAGCGGCAUGGAGGCCUUUAAAGACAUGGCAGCGAUGGAGGGAAUCUGCAUCGCCCACUCUGACAAGAUCUAUAGCAACGCGGGCGAGCAGAGCUUCGACAAGCUCCUGCAGAAGCUGCGAGCCCACCUGCCCAAAGCCAGGGUGGUGGCCUGCUUCUGCGAGGGCAUGACGGUCCGAGGGAUACUGAUGGCCAUGAGGCGCCAGAAGCUGGUGGGGGAGUUCCUGCUGGUAGGAAGCGAUGGCUGGGCAGACAGGUACGACGUCACCGACGGCUACCAGCGCGAGGCGGCCGGCGGGAUCACCAUCAAGCUAAAGUCGGCAUACGUGACCUGGUUCGACGACUAUUACCUCAACCUGACGCCCGACGCCAACCUGCGGAACCCCUGGUUCCCCGAGUUCUGGCAGCAUCGCUUCCAGUGCCGACUGAGGGGACACGCGCAGGAGAACGUCGCGUACAACCGCUCCUGCACAUGGAGAGAGUCUCUGCGCCAUCAGUACGCCCAGGACACCAAGAUGGGCUUCGUGAUAAACGCCAUCUAUUCCAUGGCUUAUGGGCUACAUGCCAUGCAGCAAGCUCUCUGUCCAGGAUACAAGGGCCUGUGCGAUGCCAUGCGGCCCAUCGAUGGGCGCAAGCUGCUGGACUUCCUGAUGAAAACCAACUUCAUCGGCGUCUCCGGGGAGAUCAUCCACUUUGACCAGAACGGCGACUCGCCUGGCAGAUAUGAAAUCAUGAACUUCAAGCAAGUUGGUGUGGACAAAUACUCCUACAUCCACGUGGGAAGCUGGGAUCAGGGCGGCCUAAAGAUGAAUGAUGAGGAAAUCUGGAGCAACAGCAGUGACGUCAUCCAGUCGGUCUGCUCCGAGCCCUGCCAGAAGGCCCAGAUUAAGGUGAUCCGUAAAGGAGAGGUGAGCUGCUGUUGGACCUGCACUCCCUGCAAGGACAACGAGUUCGUGUUUGACGAGUACACUUGUCGAGCCUGCAACCUUGGCUCCUGGCCCACGUUUGACCUCACUGGCUGUGAGCCGAUCCCGGUGCAGUAUGUGCGUUGGGGGGACCCGGAGCCCAUCGCUGCGGUUGCCUUCUCCUGUCUGGGCCUCAUGGCUACGCUUUUUGUUACUUCUGUCUUCAUCAAGUUCUGGGACACUCCUGUGGUCAAGUCGUCCAGCCGUGAGCUGUGCUACAUCAUACUUGCUGGAAUAUGCCUCGGCUACCUGUGCACCUUCAGCCUCAUCGCCAAGCCCCACAUCAUCUACUGCUACCUGCAGCGGCUGGGAAUCGGCCUGUCCCCGGCCAUGAGCUACUCCGCUCUGGUCACCAAGACCAACCGUAUAGCGCGGAUCCUGGCAGGCAGCAAGAAGAAGAUCUGCACCAAGAAGCCGCGCUUUAUGUCCGCCUGCGCACAAUUGGUCAUCGCCUUCCUACUCAUCCUGCUGCAGCUGGGGAUCAUCGUGGCGCUCCUUAUCAUAGAGCCACCGCAGGUGAUCCAUGACUACCCCAGUAUCCGUGAGGUGCACUUGAUCUGCAACCUGACCACUCUGGGGGUGGUGGCGCCGCUGGGCUAUAAUGGCCUCCUCAUCCUGAGCUGCACUUUCUACGCCUUUAAGACACGUAACGUACCAGCUAAUUUUAACGAAGCCAAGUAUAUCGCCUUCACCAUGUACACGACCUGUAUCAUCUGGCUGGCUUUUGUUCCCAUUUACUUCGGCUCCAACUACAAGAUCAUAACCAUGUGUUUCAGCGUCAGCCUCAGUGCCACGGUGGCGCUCUGCUGCAUGUUCGUCCCAAAGGUUUACAUCAUGCUCGCCAAGCCUGAGAAAAACGUGCGUAGCGCCUUCACAACGUCCACAGUGGUGCGCAUGCAUGUGGGCGACGCCAAGAAAGCAGCCAAGACUGGAAAGUCGAACAGCAGCAUGGCCAACCUGUUCAGACGACGUGGGUCUGCACAGGACAACGUCAGUUCCAAUGGGAAGUCCAUGACUUGGGCGCAGAAUGAGCGCAGCUACAGGCCAAACCUGUGGAAGAGGAUGUCGUUCCACGUCAAGAAGAAGGAGGCCGUGGAGGCAAACCAGACGGCCAUCAUCAAACCCUUCUCCAAAGGGGGAGAGGCGCCUGCCAACACCAACGUGGAAGAGCAGUAUGAAGAGCCCCGGGCGUCUGAGCCUUUCACCUGCCUGCCGCCCCACGCACCGCUGACCGCCAGCCUGCACGCAGGCAAAGCCCCGGCUCUGCAGGGAGGCAGGGAUGGAGAGGGCACCCAGGCUUUACCCAGCUACGCGCCCGAGCCCCCCGUCGGCACCAGAAGAAGGAGCGUGGAGGGCAUGGUGAUGGGUGACCCCAGCAUCGUGGGCGUGGGCGACAUCGGCAUCGCCAUGAUUGGCGGCCAGACGCAGGGCACCAUCAUGGACCAAAUCAGCUGCGUGGUUAACCGUUUCACCGCCAACAUCAGCGAGCUCAACACCAUGAUGCUGCCGGGCGGCGCCGUCGUGGACGUGGGGCUGACGCCGGCGCCGCCCGCGGCCUCGGACGCCGCCCCCGGCCCCCCCCUCUACCUGGCGCCCCGCGGCAAACAGCCCCCCGUCACCCUCACCACCUACGCCGAGGUCGCCGCCGUGUCCAAUUUCUGCGACAACCGGCCAGCGGGGAAGAUUUACGAGCACCUGGCGGGGGCUUGCGUGAGUAGCAGACGAGCCAAGGACAUGGAGGAGCUGGUGGCGCUGACGCCCCCCUCCCCGUUCAGAGACUCAUCUCUGAGCUCCAAUGGCAGCUCGCCCCCCUCGCUGUCCCCAGCCUCUGAGGCUGAGUAUGACCAGCUGCUGCUGAGACACUACAGCCAGAGCUCGUCUUCCCUUUAAACCUGCUCCUUUUGCACCUUCCCUCUCGCUUUGUUUUUCAUUUGGAGUAUUUAAAUAGCCCAGACUCUUGGAUGCCUUUCUUCAUGUGGAUGUUCUGAAUGUUAAAGCAGCUUCUUUUAUAUAUAAUGUAUAUUGACAUGUUUAGAUUGGAUUCAACACACCCACACAUGCCUCCAGUGAGAAAACCAGUGGCACGACUGCAAUACCAAAUGCUGAAUAUAGGACGUGUGGAGUCAGUGCUUGGUCUCUGGCAAACGGCAGCAGACAUAUGGGCAUUUAACAGACAUUUGAAUGCGACCGCACACACGAGUCUAACUCACUUUUUACAAGUUGAAAUUCCAAAGAAAACACUGAGUCAUUAUGGCGUGACAAAAAAUCUUAUGUAGAAAAAAAUCUUUUUUUUUACAUUACUACAGAUUUGAACAAUAAUAUUAAACAAAAACAAGGUAGUUGCAUUUAUAUUCUGCAUUUUGCAUAAUCUAUUAUCAUAAACAGACAAAUCAUUAUUUGCUUCUGUUGCAUACUUUAUUGCUGUACAGUCUUUUAUACUGACCUAUAUAUUUCGAUGGAUGGACUGGCAUGAAGGCAAUAAGGUUGUCAUGAAUAAACAUGAGAGACAUAAACAGAAGACGGAACCCCUUGAUGUUCCAGCAGAAUGUAAAACGGAGGUUAUGGACUCUUUUGAUGUUUUUUAUAUCCUUUUCGGGGGACUCAGCUGAAUGUAAGACCACCUGUCGUCAAACAUGGAAUGGACCAAAACGAUCCUCCAGCUCAGGACGCGUGUGCGUGCGGGACGUGUCUGAACCAGAAAACUCGAAACACUUCAAGUUUGCAUGAUGUCAAGGUGUGUUUGCACUCUUUAUACAACAGUACGCAGUAAACCACUUUAUACUUAAGACGAGACGAUGCGGUAGCAGGCUAAUGGUAGUCUUUGUAGUUUUGAUGUGCUUUAGUGCAGUGGGUGCAGGAGGAGAGCUGGAUGUGAGCCAGACUUUUCAGACAUUGCUCAUGAAGCAGCUUGUUUCCAGACUGGCCUUUCACCUACACAUGUGGCAGCGUCUCCCGGUGCUGCGCUGCAUUGUACAUUCUGUAAAGUGACUCAUUUCAAAGACGCAGUAUACGAGUCUGUAAUAUUUGAAGCAUUUCAUGCCCUAUACAGCAGAGAGGAUUUCAUUUUUUUAUAAUAUUUCAUGUCAUUAUUAACCAUGUUAUUUACUUCGCUGCAGAUUUGUGAGGUUUUAUUAUUUUGCAUAAUAUAUUUUGUUUCUCUGGGGAUUUACAGCAGAUGAACAACAGUAUGAAGUUGUUGCUUGCUUUUAUAAUUACGUGACCAGCUUGCGUUUGUUUCCGUGAUCAUUUUCAAGUCAUUCUUUGUUCUGCUGCACAUGAAUGUACGCUUUAAAAUAUGCAGUGGUUAUUUACAGGUUGUCGGUGUAUAAAUCGCUCUAAGCUGUUGUCAUUCAGUAUCUGCAUGCAGGUUUGUGCCAAUUAAACUAUUGCAGGUGCAAAUAACUUAAUGAUAGAAUGUACAGUUGGUUUGAUUUAUAUUAUAUCUUCAUCUGCCUUUCACAUAGCCUGGAUUUACUAUUCAGUUGUGCUGCAUUAAAUGUUUAUAUCUAUA